AUGGCUGGCAUCAACACCGCAGUGGAGAAGGACAUCACCCGCAUUGAGCGAAUCGGUGCCCACUCGCACAUCCAUGGCUUGGGCCUGGAUGAGAAGUUCACGCCACGUCCCGAGAGCGACGGCCUGGUGGGUCAGCUCAAGGCCCGCCGUGCUGCGGGUAUCAUCACCCACAUGAUCAAGGAGGGCAAGAUCGCUGGUCGUGCUGUCCUUAUUGCUGGGCAACCCGGCACGGGCAAGACGGCGAUCGCCAUGGGCAUGGCACAGACGCUCGGCCCCGAGACCCCCUUCACCAUGAUCGCCGGCUCAGAGAUCUAUUCGCUCGAGAUGUCCAAGACUGAGGCCAUCACCCAGGCCUUCAGGAGGUCGAUCGGCAUCCGCAUCAAGGAGGAGACCGAGAUCAUCGAGGGUGAAGUGGUGGAGAUUCAGAUUGACCGACCUGCUGGCGGUGCGGGUCUCAAAGUGGGCAAGAUUACGAUGAAGACGACUGAUCUGGAGACCAUCUACGAGCUGGGCCAGAAGAUGAUCGAUGCCCUCGCCAAGGAGAAGGUCACCGCAGGCGACGUGAUUUCGAUCGACAAGGCGUCGGGUCGCAUCACCAAGCUCGGCCGUUCGUUCAGCCGCGCUUCCGACUACUCCGUGAGAGGCCCCAGCGUCAAGCUGAUCAACACGCCCGAGGGAGAGCUGCAGAAGAGGAAGGAGGUGGUCCACACGGUCAGCCUGCACGAGAUCGACGUCAUCAACUCGCGCACCCAGGGCUUCCUCGCCCUCUUUGCCGGUGACACUGGUGAGAUCAAGUCCGAGGUGCGGGAGCAGAUCGACGCCAAGGUCGCCGAAUGGAAGGAGGAGGGCAAGGCCGAGAUCGUGCCCGGCGUCCUUUUCAUUGACGAGGUGCACAUGUUGGACAUCGAGUGCUUCUCUUACAUCAACAGAGCGUUGGAGGGAGAGAUGUCACCCAUCCUCGUGAUGGCCUCGAACAGGGGUAUCACCACCAUCAGAGGGACCAGCUACAAGGGUCCGCACGGUAUGCCGCCGGAUCUGUUGGACCGAACGCUCAUCAUCUCCACGAACCCCUACACACCGGAGGAGAUCCAGAAGAUCAUCCGGAUCAGGCUUUCGGAGGAAGAUGUCGAGAUGACGGAGGAGGCCGUGCUCCUGCUCACCAACAUCGGGGCGGAAACGUCGCUGCGCUACGCCAUCCACAUGAUCACCGCGUCGGCUCUCGUGGCAACCAAGCGCGCUGCGACCAAGGUCGACACACAGGACAUCGAGCGCGUGUACGAGCUCUUCGUCGACGUGGAGCGGUCGCGCGAGUACCUGGCCGCGUCCUCCUCCCACGAGUACAUCAGCUCCGACGGCGCCAUGGAGGUCGAGAAGGCUCAGUAA